CUUCAUUUCACCUCAGUGCUUCAUCGUCUGGAGAUUUGAAAGGUUAAACUGUAGAACAGCUGCAAAAUGGCCAAAGUGAGGGAACUUUCUCCGGAAUUAACAAAAUUAGCCAAAGAGGAGCUAAACGAAGUUCCCGAGAGGAUUGAAAAGGAUCUGGAGGCACUCAAAGAAUGGAUCCAGAAGCAACCACAUCUCCGUGCAAGGACAGACGAUCAAUUCCUCGUUGGUUUUCUGCGUGGGUGCAAAUGGAGUCUUGAACGGACAAAAGAAAAGAUUGACAGCUACUACACAGCUCGUACGGUAGUGCAUGAGGUGAUGAGCCCAAGAGAUCCUCUUCUGGAAAAGAACCUCACUGUCCUUCGUCUAGGCUACUUGGUACCUCUUCCACGAACCGAAUCCCCCGAUAGUCCACGUGUUGUUCUAAUAAGAUAUGGCUGCUAUGACCCUGAUGAGUACUCCAUUGUUGAUGUUAUCCGUCUCAGCGUGAUGAUUGCUGAUUUGAUGCACUUGGAAGAUGACAAUAGGAUGUGUGCUGGAGAAAUGGUUCUCGUUGACAUGGAGAACACCACCAUGAAACAUUUGUUUCAAGUAACACCAAUGCUAAUGAAGAAAUUCGCCAUGUUGACGCAUGAAGCAGCUCCCAUUAGACAAAAGGGCUUCCAUUUCUUCAACACAGCUUCCGGAUUUGAAGUUGCUUUUGGGACUUUUCGGAAUUUUAUGAAGGAAAAAGUCCGAGAAAGGUGGCAAGUUCAUGGUGGGGGCGCUGAAGCUAUUGCAAAAGCUGUUCCACGCCAUAUUCUUCCGAAAGAAUAUGGCGGCGAUGCCGGGAGCGUUAAGGAUAUUUUAGCUGAGUGGGAGAAGAAAUUAAUUGCGAACCGAGAUUAUCUCAUUGACGAAAACAAUUAUGGAGUGGAUGAAGAUAAAAGAGCCAAUGGAACUGCCAAGGAGACUAAGGAAGUUUACGGAACUCAAGGAUCCUUCCGGAAGCUUGAAAUUGAUUACAUUGCCGUUCGCCACAGCUGGAAGAUGCCGAACAUUCGUGCAAUAAGUCCCGAAUUAGCUAAAUUAGCGCGUGAGGAGUUGAAUGAAGUUCCGGAAAGGAUUGAUGCAGAUCUAGAGGCACUCCGGGAGUGGAUUCGGAAGCAACCACAUCUCCAUGCCAGGACAGAUGAUCAAUUUCUCGUCACUUUCUUUCGCGGGUGCAAAUGGAGCCUUGAGAGGACAAAGCAGAAACUUGAUACCUUCUACACGGUUAGAUCGGCCCUUCCGGAAUUAAUCUCACAUCGGGAUCCACUUGAAAGGAGAACGUUGGAAGUAAUCCGGAUGGGAUUUGUUGUUCCACUGCCAAUAACAGAGAAGCCUGAUGGGCCGAGGAUUAUGCUCUUCCGGCCAGGAGUCUACAAUCCCACUCUCUAUACAAUCCAUGAGAUGAUCAAGGUCAGUUUAAUGGUUAACGACAUCCUCCUCUGUCGUGAUGAUAAUCGCACAAUUGCUGGUCAGGUGGGAAUUGUGGAUCUAGCUGGUGCAACAAUGGCACACCUGGGACAAGCUAAUGUGGUGCUCAUGAAGAAAUUCUCCAUGAUCACCCAGGACGCCUCACCGCUGCGUCAAAAAGGCUUUCAUUUUGUUAACCCUCCAUCAGGCUUUGCAACCAUCUACAACCUAGCCAAAGGGAUGUUCAAUGAGAAAAUGCAGCAAAGGUUCCGCGUUCAUUCAGACAAGGAGAGUCUCUUUCAAUUUAUUCCAAAACGAAUGCUUCCAACGGAGUACGGAGGUGAUGCGGGACCUAUUCAGAAAAUUAUAGAUAGCGUCGAGAAGGACCUAACCGAAGCGAGAGAUUUCUUCCGAGAAGAAGACGCCUAUGGAACCAACGAGAGGAAGCGCAUUGGACGCCCCAAAAAUGCUGAGACGCUUUUUGGAGUAGAAGGAUCCUUCCGGAAGUUGGCAGUUGACUGAGGAUCAAGCUCUACUUGCAAAUUAAGUGUCAAAUUUAAAGGUUAAAAAAAGAACUUUUUAGUUGUUGAAAAGCUCAAAAAUAAUGAGAUGUUAUAAUUUUUAAGGUUAGAAACGAAAUAACUUCUUCAAAAGCGACACGAUGGCCGCCAUCUUGGAAAUUCAAUGUAUCUGAAUAUUAAAAUCUUGUUAAUAUGAAGAAUUCUACGUUUUAUGAAUAAAAAGAACUUAAAGAAUUUAAUAUUUU